CUCGGAUAUCAGGACCAAAAAAAUCAGAAAAUCAGAAAACCCGUCCCGGCUCUCACCCAGUCGGCAAAUCUCGCUUCGCUCGUCCAGUCGCUCAGCAGUUCCAGGCAACUUUCCGCAACAUCUCCAGACGACUAGAACUUUCACCGCUACAGCAAGCCUUCGUCCAACAUGUCUGACAUCCAGAACUCGACUUCGCCCGCCGGCCAGGUCGCCAGCCCGCCAGCUGUUGCUCCUGCCAACAACUCUGCCGCUCCUGCCUCCAGCGAACAGAGUGAUGCGCCAACUCUUACCUCCGCCGCGCCUGCUAAUGCCAACCCAAACUCUGCCUCUCUGUACGUCGGAGAGCUUGACCCAUCCGUGACCGAGGCCAUGCUCUUUGAGCUGUUCUCUUCCAUCGGCCAGGUCGCAUCUAUCCGUGUUUGCCGUGACGCCGUCACCCGCCGCUCGCUUGGAUAUGCCUACGUCAACUACAACAGCGCCAACGACGGCGAGCGUGCUCUUGAGGAGUUGAACUACACAUUGAUCAAGGGCAAGCCAUGUCGCAUCAUGUGGUCUCAGCGCGACCCAGCUCUGCGCAAGACUGGCCACGGUAACAUUUUCAUUAAGAACUUGGACGCCGCCAUUGACAACAAGGCGCUCCACGACACUUUCGCUGCUUUCGGCAACAUUCUGUCUUGCAAGGUUGCCCAAGACGAGUCUGGAGGCUCGCGCGGUUACGGCUUCGUGCACUACGAGACCGCCGAGGCUGCUAACGCUGCCAUCAAGAGUGUUAAUGGCAUGUUGUUGAACGAGAAGAAGGUGUUUGUCGGCCACCACAUUCCAAAGAAGGAUCGCAUGAGCAAGUUCGAAGAGAUGAAGGCAAACUUCACCAACAUCUAUGUCAAGAACAUUGACACAGAGACCACAGACGACGAGUUCCGUGAGCUAUUUGAGAAGUAUGGCGAGAUAACUUCUGCUUCACUUGCUCGCGACCAAGAAGGCAAGGUCCGCGGUUUCGGCUUUGUCAACUACAUUCGCCACGAGGAUGCCAACAAGGCCGUCGAUGAGCUGAACGACAUCGAUUUCAAGAGUCAGAAGCUAUACGUUGGCCGUGCACAAAAGAAGCACGAGCGCGAGGAGGAGCUGCGCAGGCAGUACGAGGCUCAGCGCCAGGAGAAGAGCGCCAAGUACAUGGGCGUCAACCUCUAUGUCAAGAACCUGGCCGACGACAUUGACGACGAGGAGCUCCGCAAGGUUUUCGAGGCAUACGGCUCCAUUACCUCUGCUAAGGUCAUGCGCGAUACUACUCCAGCGGAUCAGGUUGAGAACGCUGAGGAGGAGAAGAAGGAGGAUGGCGAGAAUGAGGCCGAGAGCAGCGAGGAGAAGAAGGAAGAUGAGAAGAAGGAGGACGGAACUGAGGAGCUUACCAAGAAGUUGGACACUGUCACGAUUGGCGGAGAGAAGAAGGUCCUUGGCAAGAGCAAGGGCUUCGGUUUCGUCUGCUUCUCGAACCCAGACGAGGCCACCAAAGCUGUCACUGAGCUGAACCAGAAGAUGAUUCACGGAAAGCCACUUUACGUGGCUCUGGCGCAGCGUAAGGAGGUCCGCAAGAGCCAGCUCGAGGCUAGUAUCCAAGCUCGCAACCAGGUCCGCAUGCAACAGCAGGCUACCGCAGGCGGAAUUCCACCACAGGCCUUCAUGCAGCCACAGUUCGUCCUCGGACCAAAUGGCCAGCCAAUCAUGAUUCCAGGUUCGGGUCGUGGCCAGAUGCCCUUCCCACAAGUCAUGCCACAACAGGGUCAACGUGGUGGUUUCCAAGGAAUGCCACAGCAGGGUGGCCGCGGCGGGCCAGCGGGCAUGCCACAGAUUCCUCAGAUGCCGUAUGGAUUCCCACCACAGAUGGCUGGUCUUCCUCAAGGCUACGGCAACCCAGCUGCCUACGCUCAGCUCAUGCAGGCCGCUCAGCAAGCUCAGAUGAGCGGACGAGGCGCUGGUCGUGGCGGUCCAAUGCCCGGCAUGCCCAUGAUGCCUGGUAUGCCUGGUAUGCCACCACCAAACAUGCCAGUUGGUCAAGGCUUUGGCCGUGGCGGUCCAGCUCAGCGUAGCGGCCCAAUGGGACAACAGCCAGAGCAGCGUGGCCGGGCCCAGAACCGCGGCCCAGGUGCACCAGGUCUCGAUGUGAACUCUCUGCAGCAAGCCCCUCCAGCACAGCAGAAGCAGAUGCUCGGCGAGGCACUCUAUCCCAAGAUUCAGGCACAGCAGCCCGAGCUUGCCGGCAAGAUCACCGGUAUGCUUCUCGAGAUGGACAACGAGGAGCUCCUCGGCCUCACGACCAACGAUGAUGCUCUCCGCGAGAAAGUGCAAGAGGCACUGAACGUCUACGACGAGUAUCUCAAGACCCACUCUUCCCAGGCUGAGGAUCAGGCCAAUGGAGUGGAGAACACUGAACCAGCCGGCGAGGAGAAGGCUUAGAACAGCCGCUCUGUCUUCCAGCGUCAGUCCAUGCAAAGCAUGGCUCCGCCGAUGAUGGCCAUGGCACGCUGAUGAUGAGCAAGAGCGCUUCACUGCAUCUCUUCUCAUCAACCCUUUUCUGAUACACCCACGGCUUGGCCCAUACAUCUGGCUUCCUCCGGGACAUGUCUGCCAGAAUAUGGGCAUUACCGCGUGGUACUACUAACGAUACCCCUUAAGGAGCGCAUGAUGUUACGUAUUGCCCUUAGCAUCGAAAUUUGUACUAGUAGUGUACGAGUUAUGUCUCAAAUGAUGUGCAUAAUCAACGAAUCUCUGUUCUGGUUAUGGUUCCCCCCCGGUCUUGGUCGUUCGUUCAUUGCCACUCCGUCUCAAAUCCCUCACACAUGUCCGCCAAGGGGGUAUUAACAUCGCGUGGCAGUCCCGCUCGAGGUAUCCAUGAUUCACUACGCGAGGCGGAAGGAAUCGACAGAAAGAAGAGUCAUCAUCCAUCUCAUCAUCGGGUGGGUCACCGUGAGUGGGUGGCAGAAAGGGCACAACUUGGUAAAUGGGACGGGAUGAGUGAAUUGCAUGCCGAAUAGACGGGAGAGAUGAUUUCGAUGGAUCACACACACACACACACAC